UCCUUCCUCCCACCCUCUCUGGUGCCCGUCAUUCACCAGACUCUCCUGCCGCGUGCCCGAGCUGGGGGAUUCUGGUCUCAGAGGGGCCGUGGCUCCUGAGGAAGACACACAGGGAGGGGACUGGGGCUGUGACCUGCAUGGGUGUGGAUCUGGGUGGGCUGCCUGGAGGAAGCAGCCUAGGAGCUGUUAGGUGGGCACUGUGGGUGCAGGCAGGGAGGUGAGGGAGCUGCCCUCCCUCAGUGACACCCAUCUCUGACUGGCUUCAGUUCCCCAUCUGCCUUUUGCCCACCCUCCGUACCCGGAACCCUGGUCACUGGGCAGGCAGCUGUUUGGAACCCGCUGCCCAGAGUAACCAGGCAAACAGAACCCCACGGGCCUCAGCCUGCUCUCUGGGCUGCCCGCCUGUGCUCCCGCCUGCCUCCCUCCUGGCUGGCUGGGCUGGGCCACCACCGCCCCAUGCAGCACUCCAAACCCUUCUACACACCCUCUGCUCCCCAGGAAGGCUUUAGCCCCAGGGGCCUGGACGGCACUGAGGGACCAGGCAGCCAGCCCGUGGCCUGCUCAGAGACGAUCCCUGCAGUGGGUUCCUCGAACCUGUAUCACUCCUCAAACCCAGAGAAAGAGGUGUUUCCGGCUCCUCCAGCAGGUUUCCAAAUGGCUCCAUGCGGCUGCUUCUUUGAUCCCCGCAUCUACCGCAUCGAGUGGGCCACCUCUGACUUCGGCCAGUCGUCCCUAUACAAGGUGGCAGCAGGUGGUGGGGGCCCCGCCUCCCCAGGCACCUAUCUCCUGGAGCCCCAGCACUACCUCAAGGCCCCGGUGCCCCCGCCGCCAUACCCCCACUAUCAGCCAGUGCCUGAGGCCCCCCAAUACCUCCUGCCCUACUUCCCACCUGAGGGGCCCGGCCCCGAGGCCCUGGGCUUUGUGGGAAACGGGGGGCCCCAGGCCUUCAUGGAGCUGCCCCCGCCACCGCCGCCCCCCAAAGACAAGCUGCCACCCCUGCUCAUCACGCUGCCUGCUGAGCCACUGCUGCCGCCCGGCCCCUACAGCAAUCUCAAAGGCCGCCUCAGCCAGUUUCACGGGCCUGAGGUGGCCACUGCCCGGGCCACCGAGCCCCCAGCCAUCCCCGCCAAGGAGCCACUGGCCGGGCCGGGACCUCUGCCUGCACCAGCCGAGGCCCAGACCACGGACCCCACGCUGGCUGCGGGCGAGGCCCCGGCACUCGAGGUGGCCCGCGCCUUCGCGCUGCCCGACAAAGUGCUGCUGGAGGAUGCCAUGAAGCUCUUCGACUGCCUGCCAGGUGGCGCUGAGCCUGAGGGUGGCUCACACAGGGUCCCAGCAGUGGCCGGCCUGCCUGACAGUGGCGGCGGCGGGGACGACUCUUCCGGCGACAUGCGCUCCCUGCACCUGCCGGAUGAGCUGCUGUCCUUUGACUACAGCGUGCCCGAGAUCUUGGACACCGUGUCUAACGUGGACUACUUCUUCAAGGCACUCGAUGAGGACCAGGGGCCCCAGGCCGCUGCCCCCUCGGCCCCCGGCCCACGGCCCGACCUGCCCGGUGGUGGCAAGAAGGUGGCCAGGGCCACGUCUGCCAAGAAGGGGAAGCCAGGCGGCAAGAGCAGGCAGGCCUCAGGCCCAGCCGGCACUGUCCUUGCAGGGGCACCCCAUUAAAGCCUAUUUGACUUCUCGCCUUGGGGUCAGCUCUGUGGCCCAGCAGACAUGGAGCAGGAUCUGAACAGGAAGGGCUGGCCUCUUGUGCCACUGUCCAAAUGGGCAGGUGAGGUUAGGCCCCGGUGAGGCCAGGCUGAGUGAGGACCCUGGAGUUGCACGCACAUGCAUGCAUGCGCGCACGCGCACGCGCACGCGCACACACACACACUAGGUGCUGCUAAGUUGAUUCUAAGUCAUGGCAGCCCCAUGUGUGUCAGAGUAGAACUGUGCUCCAGAGGUUUUCCAUAGCUGAUCUUUCCGAAGUCAAUUGCCAGGCCUUUCUGCUGAGACGCCUCUGGGUGGACUUGAACCUCCAACUUUCUGCUAGCGGCUGAGCGUGUGAACCAUUUGCACCACCCAGGGGCUCCCCUAGAAUCAUGGGGGGUUCUAAGCCUCUCGCCUCCCAGUCCUGGAGAGUUGGGGUUGCUGUAGGGUCCAGGCUGUGGGAUGCUAGGAGCCACCACCCAGAUUCCUACUCCCAACGAAGGACUCUCAGCCCGUCAUUUGGUUGGGGAAGUCAGGGCUGUCCAGAGAGGGUGGGAACUUGCCUGGAGACACACAGCAAGCAGGGUGAGUCUCACAGUGGCCCCCAGUGCCCCCCCCACCAGCUGCUGCUUCUGGCACCGGGAAGCCAUAGCAGGUGGAGGGAGAGUGGGGGAUAACUUUGUCUCUGCCGUGGGCCAGGGCAUGAAGGCACACGUGCCUGUUCACCAGACAUUGGGGUUGGGGAUGGUGGAUGCUGACGCAUGCAUGCCUGGUGGGGGCCAAGGUGCAGGAGUUGGCCCCCACACGGGAAAGCAGCAGUGCUUGAAGAGGGCAGGGCACAGAGGGUGUGCA